AUGUCAACCACCAACCCACCACCACCACCCCGCAAACUCAAAACCCGCAUCCUCACCAUCCCCCCCUCCUCCCCUUUAGGAUCCUGGUCCUCUCCCAACUCCCUCCAAACCUGGACCCUCCCCCCAACCCCCCUCAUCCCCCCCUCCCUCACCCUCGCAGCAACAGCCCUCACAACCUCCACCGCCUCCUCCUUCAGCACACCCGUAGCCUUCCCAACCGAAACCGUCUACGGCCUCGGCGCCGACGCAACCUCGUCAACAGCCGUGAAAGGGAUUUACACGGCAAAAGGCCGACCAAGCGACAACCCUCUCAUCGUCCACGUCUCCGACCUCUCCAUGCUCAGCACCCUUUCCACCAUUCCAGAGAUUUACCACGAGUUAAUCUCCAAGUUCUGGCCUGGACCACUGACUAUCUUACUCCCUGUCCCGACCUCCGGUCAGCUGCUAGCCCCAGAGGUAACGGCUGGACUGACCACCUUUGGCGCGAGGAUGCCUGACUCCCCGUUGGCAAGAGCGUUGAUUCAACUGGUGGGCAAGCCGCUCGCUGCUCCGUCCGCAAACGCCAGUACGCGCCCUAGCCCGACAAAGGCUGUGCAUGUGCUGGAGGAUUUGGAGGGGAAGAUUGAGCUGAUUCUGGAUGGAGGGGAUUGUGCAGUGGGGGUUGAGUCGACUGUUGUUGACGGGUUAUGCAACCCACCGGUGGUUCUGAGGCCAGGAGGGGUAGGCAUCGAGGAGAUAAGACAAGUCAAGGGGUGGGAGGGGGUGGUGAAGGGGUAUAAAGACAGGAGCGAGGUCGGGGAGGGGCAUAAGCCGAGGGCGCCGGGGAUGAAGUACAAGCAUUACAGCCCCCGGGCGAGGGUGGUGCUUUUUGAGGGGCAUAAACCCGUCAAUGUGGGAAAGGAGCUGGAGGGGGGCGGACAAAAAAAGGUGGGGGUUAUCAGGACGGGGGAAUGGGAGGGGUUGGCUGGGGAGACAGAGGGGAGGAUAGAGAGUGAGGAGGGUGGUUUUGCUGUUCGGCAGGGGAGUUUGAGGGAUGAGGAAGGGAAGGAGUUGGCCACGGUGUUGGAUGUUGAUCUGGGACGGGAUGUUAAAGGGGUGGCUCAUGGGUUGUUUGCUGCUUUGAGGGAGCUGGAUAGGCUGGGGGCUGAUAUCAUUUUUGUGGAAGGGGUUAGUGAUGGGGAUGAUAUUGCUGCUGCGGUUAUGAACCGUCUUCGCAAGGCAGCAUCCGAGAUUAGGCCUUAA